AAUUGCUCCUCUCCCACAGCACGCUUUCCCCCCCCCCCCCCCCCCCCCUCUCUCUCUCUCCGUUGCUCCCUCCCUGGGUAUCGUUGCUGGUUUCAGCUUUUGGGUUCCUGAAAUUCUCUCCUACUUUUUCUGACAUUACAAUGUGAGGGAACCUAUUUUCAUUUUACUGUUUCUUCUUUUUUAUUUUCUGGAUAAUCAGAGAGUUUCAGAGUUGCUUUGGCUCCUCUAUUUUGAGCUCAUUUUGGUUCUUCCGAACUUGAGGGCAGGAGAUAGAAAAUUGAGGGUUACAAUGAGUACCACGUCAAAGGACUGUUCAAUAACUUUUGAUGAGAUUGCAAACAUGUUCACGCCUAAGUUUUCCGAGGUCGAUCUCUCCCUUUUUGCUGCCUCAGAACAUGAAGCUAUAGGACUGGAACAUUUCUUAAUGGAACCUAAAUGUAACAGAAACUUAGUUGGUGUGGUUGAUUUUGAAACUUUCCAUUCACAGAAAUUCUUCGACGUUGAAGAUUUUUCAGGCGCCAUCGAGUAUGAUGAAACAAAGCAUGAUUGUGAUGCAGUUUGUUCUAAUAGUGCUAAAGAAGUACGGGAGGAAAAGCGGGAGUCUAUUGAAGAUAUGUUGAAUGAUAAUGUUUUUGAUGGAAAAACCAGGCUUCCAACUACAGGCAAAGAAUUCGGUUUGGAUGCCAAGUCUGGUGAUAAACUUGUCAUUUUGGAUAAUGAUCCUUGCAAAGAAUCCUACCUGGGAAAUGCGGAUUUAGAGAGCCUCUCCCCAGGCUUCUAUGAAAGAGACUAUGUUGCUGAGAUAUCAGACAUGUCUUCUGCAAGUGUUCCUGCACUUCAAUUUACACAUAACCAAAACUCUCCCAUGCUUGACCAAAUGACAGUCCAAGAACUACAUGAGGCCUUUAAGAGCGUGUUUGGUCGUGAAACUUUAGUGACAGACAAGCAAUGGCUGAAGCGUCGUGUGUUAUUUGGCUUGCGGAACCAGGUUGAGUCAGACAGUGAUUUGAACCACAUAAAAUGUGGUACAACUUCUUAUAAAACCGAAGACAAAACUCUGUGCUUAUCCAGUAGUGAUUCAUCUAGGAGUGCCACAAGCUCCAUCAAAUAUGUGUUAGGUGAUGAAACUAUGUCUUUAGAUUGGCAUGUUGAAAGGAAGGGGUUUGCUGGUCUCGAUUUGCAGACCACCUCUAUGGAGUUGAGCGAAAUUGAAUUAUGUUCACAUGAUGGAGGAGAUAAAGCACUUGUCACACAAAAGAGAUUGCGAAAGCCUCCCAAAAGAUACAUUGAAGAAUCAUUGGAAGCGAAUUCAAAAUAUUGUAAGGGAAAAAGUGGAGCUGUCAGACCUCGGAAGUGCCUGAAGGAAUUUGGAACUUCUCAGUUGGCUUGUGAAGACAAACCUUUCAAAGGAAGUUGCAUUCAGGUUCCAUUUGGUCUUCCAAUAGAGGAAGGGCACGUGAAGAUAAAUGCAUCAUAUUGGGAUUCUGAGAAUUGCAGGGAUGACAGAAUUUCAUCUCCAAAACAACUUGUUACAGAGCCUUCUGCUGCUGCAUCACAAGAUGAAAUUUCUGAAGAUGAACAUGUUACAAGAAGCAUUGUUCGAAAAGGCAGCAGCCGUAGAAAGCAUCAUAUAUCAUGGACUCCUUCUGAAGUGAUGAGGUUAAUUGAAGGAGUCUCUCAGUGUGGAGUUGGGAGAUGGGCUGAAAUAAAGAGGCUAUCAUUUCCAUCAUCUUCGCGACGAACAUCUGUUGAUCUCAAGGACAAGUGGCGAAAUCUGUUACGGGCUUGUUGCGUUCAGCUGCAGAGCAAGAGAAAGGUCAAGCAAGGGCAGAAGCAAUCAUCGCAUCGAGUGCCAGAGUCUGUUCUGUGGCGCGUUAGAGAGUUGGCCACGACCUAUCCAUAUCCAAGGGAAAGUAAUUCCAAGGUGGCAUACACUGCACCCAUUUCUUCCUCCUUUCCAGCCGCCAUUCAAAACAGGUCCGUGGCUUUGUCAACUAGUGUCUGAAGAUAGUUGAAGGCAAAGAAAAUAAUACUAGCAAUUAGCGAACUGCUGUAGAUGUGAAAGCUUUACUAACUGAUAAAAGAGAAAAGAAUGCUUGCUUGGAAUGAAACUGCAUCUUUCUUUGCUUUGUUUUU